AGAACCAAAACAGAACUCUCUGUUUCGAUUUCGUUUCUCUUCUUCAAAGCUCAAAAGAAAUGGAGUUGUUCUCCAAAGGCAAGGCCGUUAAGUUACUGAGCCAUCAUAAUAUGUUUUUACUCGCGGACGAGGACCAAAAAACAAUCCGGCAAAGCCGUAACAGAUAUUCACGGCUAGCCAUUUGGACGGUUGAGACGGUCGUUGGUAUGCCGAAGCUGAUCAGGUUAAGAAGCUGCCACGGCACGUACUUAACGGCUAGCAGUAAACCGUUCCUAUUAGGUAUGACUGGCGAGAAAGUGACUCAAACGCAGUCGUCUAACAACCCUAUGGAUUGCCAAACACAGUGGGAACCGGAGGGAUAUGGGGUUUCGGUGAAGCUGAAAUCAUGGUGCGGCAAAUGGAUGAGGGCUAACGGGGGAACGCCGCCGUGGAGAAAGUCAGUUACUCACGAGCAGCCUCCUACGUCGAAGACCAAGAACUGGUUGCUCUGGUAUGUUAUUACCGUUGAUGGUUUUGAUCUUGACAACAUGUCUGAUGGAUAUAAGAGCUCUCUUUCUUCUCCACUUUCCCCACAUCUCCCCGGUUUGGGCUUCUGGUCAGCGCCUGGGUCACCCGUUUCCGGCAGACCAAAGAAGAGUUUAGGUCGGUUCGCUUCUUUGGGUUUACGUUCAACGUCUCCGAGAUGGUCCCCAAAACUUAACAUGAGUAUCUUCAAACAAAAGGAGAAGAUGUGUAGCUUCAACGAAAAGGAAACAGUAUCGGCAGUGGAGUUUUUUCGGAAAGCAAAAGCUGUUCGAAUGCGAAGCAUCCACGACAAGUAUCUAACAGCUAAUGAAAACGAAGAAACGGUGUCUCAAGGUAAAAACAGAUCAAUAGAAAACACUCAAUGGACCGUCGAACCGGUUAGCCAUUCCUAUCAUGUCAUCCGUCUUAAAAGCUGUUAUGGCAAAUACUUAACCGCUUCUAACGAGCGGUUCUUGCUUGGAGCUACGGGGAAGAAAGUGAUGCAGUUAAAGCCGAGUCGACUUGAUUCGUCUGUUGAGUGGGAACCAGUGAGAGAAGGGUCUAAAAUCUUGCUCAAGACGAGUUAUGGUAACUACCUCCGAGCUAACGAUGGACCUCCUCCACGGAGAAAAUCUGUCACACAUGAUAAUCCUCAUUCAGCUACUCUGGAGUCGAUCUUGUGGGAGGUUGAUGUAGUUGAGAUCUUGAUUAAUCCUCAACUAAUGGAAGAGAUGGAGUUUACUCCAUCACCAAGGACGUCACUGUCUCCACCACCGCAUAGGAAACCGUCAAAUUUCCGGCUGUCAGUUUCACAUUCCAUGACUCCGUCUUCUUUUUCAUACAUAUCUAAUUCAGAAUCUGAUGAGUCUCCAUCGAAAGUGGAUGAGCGAAUUGUCGAUCAUCAUAUUAAUCCUCCGUUCGAAGUGGAGAUGAAUUUUACUCCGUUAUCAAAGAAGACACUUCCUUCGAGGCCAAAUAGAAAGCCAUCUUGGAAUCCAUUUUCUCUUUCAGAUAAAUCAGAUUCAGAUUCUGAUGAGUCUCCAACAAAAUCGAAUGAGUUAACAAACAAUUACCACAUUAAUCAUCCAUUCAAUGCGAAGAUGAAGUCUACUUCUACAAAGACACUUUAUCCGUCGCCGCAUGGGAAGCCGUCGAAUUCUUUACAUUUAAAGACUCUAUCUUCCCUAUUAGACAUAUCAGAAUCAGAUUCUGAGUCUCCAUCGAAACCGGAUGGGCAAACCGAGAUGAAGUUUAUUCCAUCAUCGAAGAAGAUGCUCCACCUGACACCACAUAAAAAGCCACUGAGUUCUAUGCAUCCGAAGACCUCGUCUUCUGUUUCAGACAAAUCAGAUUCAGAUUGUGAUGAGUCUCCAUCAAAACUAAAUGGGCGAGCUACCAAUUAUCAUAUUAAUUCUCCGUUCAAGGCGGCAAUGAUGUCUACUCUAUCACCGAAGAAGACGUUGUAUCCACCACCACAAAGGAAGCUGUCGAAUUCUCCAGAUUUGAAGACUCCAUCUUCUCUUUCAGACAUAUCAUAUUUAAAUUUUGAUGAGUCUCCACCGAAACCGGACGAGCAAACCAUCGAUUAUCAUAUAAAUAAACCAUCCAAGGAAGAGAUGAAAUCUACUUCAUCUUCGAAGAAAAUGAUGCAUAUGUCGCCACAUAGGAAGCCAUCAAAUUCUUCUCAUUCGAAGACUCCGUCUUUUCUUUUUGACAGAUCAGAGUCAGAUUCUGAUGAGUCUCCAUCGAAGUCGAAUGAGAGAACCAUCGUUUAUCAUAUCAAUCCUUCAUUCAAGACGAAAAUGAAGUCUACUCCAUCUUUAAACAAAAUGUUACAUCCACCUCCUCACUCUUCUCCUCAUUCGAAGACUCCGUCUUCUAUUUCAGACAUAUCAGAUUCAAAUUCUGAUGAGUCUCCAGAUGAGAUAGGUUAUCAUAUUAAUCAUUCAUUUAAGUUUGAGAUGAAAUCUACUUCAUCUUCGAAGAAGAUGAUGCAUUUGUCACCGCAUAAGAAGCCAUCUGAUCCCCCACAUUCGAAGACGUCUUCUUUUUUUGACAAAUCAGAUUCAGAUUUUGAUCAGUCUGAUGAGUCUCCAUCGAAAUCAGACGGACGAACCAUCGAUUAUCAUACUAAUCCACCUUUCAAGGGGGCGAUGAACUCAGAGUCUGAUGAGUCUAUAUCAAAAUUGGAUGUGCAAACUGUCGAUUAUCAUACAAAUCAUCCAUAUAAUGUGGCGAUGGAGUCUAUUAUUAUGUCGUCAAAGAAAAUGCUGCAUCCGCUGCUGCAUAAAAAGUUGUCGCCAGUUUGGACUUCAUGUUCUCUUUCAGACAAAUCUGAUGCAAAUUCUGUUGAAUCUCCAUUGAAGCCAAAUGGGCGAACAAUCUAUUAUAGUAUCGCUGAUCAAAAACACAUGGAAGACAAAUCAAGUGUUGGAUAUUUUCUUACGUUUAGAGGAAAUAGUGUGGCAGAGCUGACUCAGACGCUACGAGAAGAAACACGCUUGGAAGAUGUUGUGGUGUGCACUCGUAACCCCUUAAGUGGCAAUCUGACUCCUCUUCGUUUGCAACUUCCUCCUAACAAUGGAAUACUCCAUCUCGUUUUAAUACCCUCCAAAGGUAGCCUCUACGAGAGACGUGAGAAUUAAUGUUAACUUAAAGCUCUCGUAUAUAGAGUUACUGAAACUUUGGCUUGUUUGUUUUUGUUAAAAUUCACCAUUGGCAAAUUAGUGACAGGUUUUUUGUGUGGUGAAGUGUUCGAUGAAUCAUAUGAUACGAACCUUAUACGAAAUUAAUAAGAUAAUAAGAGUUGGUAGUCGG